CGCAUCGUAGGCACGGGCAAACGUCACCGAGAAGGCGCGCCAAGUGAUGCCAAGCACUCCCACUUUCACACGAUUUGACGCGCGGUCACGUUUCCCAGCCAAACUUUCAAUUCUUUUGUAGCCAAUUUUCUAGGACUCCACAGGCAACCACUUGGACAGCUCGAGUCCGAAGCUUCAAAUGUUUAUGGAUCUAGAUCGUAGACCACAUGGCGUCGCAAGACCCCAUUUCCAACGACGAAGGAGAAAGUGAUUCCGAAGAUUCAUAUUUCCGUACUACUCCAAUUCGACAGCGUGCACCUGUAAAGAAUGUCUUUGACGAAACGACAUCCGACUCUGAAGUAGAUGAGUCUGAAGUGGAGAUUGCUGAGCCAGAGGAGUUCAAGGCAGGGAAUUCUGAGCCAGAAAGAUCCAAAGUAGAGAAUUCUGAGUCCGAACGCAAGGACGCGAAAUCUGGAGCCCAGAAAUCACAUACCAAAUCUUCUUCGAGAGUGAUUUCAUCGUCUUCUGCGAGCCGCAAGCGUAAGACUAGAGAUACCACGCCCCAUCAUCGGAGGAGACAUCACAGGUUGGCUGGGCACUACAUCGAUGAGUAUCGCCUGCUUUACAACGAAGAAGUAAGGGGUGCUUGCAACAAGAACCCAGCUCAGGAUCCCCAAUACCAAUGUCUCAAUUCACAGAUUGGUUCGUCGAUAUGGACUGCCAGAGAGAAGAAUGUGAUGUUCUGCGCACUCGCCAGAUUUGGGAUAGACGCGUUACCUAAGAUUACUGCCGCAAUAGGAACAAAGUCUGAGAUACAGGUCCGCGAAUACAUCCUUCUGCUCCAGGAUGGACUAAAGGAGCACGUACUCAAUGAUCAGCAAUUGUAUUUGUCUGAAUUUGGCGACGUGGAUGCCGCGGUAGAACUCAGCGAAGAGUGUUGUAGGAGCUUGGACAUGGCAGGUGAAGCUUUAUCUUGGCGGCAAGACAAGUUCGAUGCUGAAGCGGAGAAGAAGAAGCAUGGAGCUUACUGGCUUCUCACCCCGGAGACGGCCGAGCAAAUCGAAGACGCGAGAGCAGCAGGCAUGGAGGAGCACGCUGCUGGAUCACAGACCGACGGUGAACAGCCAGAUGACCCAAGUUCUGAUCAAGGGCUUAGUAAUGAAGCCAUGUCCUCCCAUGCACUCGCAUCCGUCCCAGCUGCAGAUCUAUUGAACCUCCCGAACUGGAUCUCUCUCUCCGAGCGCGUCUUCAUGAACUCCAAAGCCGAACAUUGGGAAGACAUCUGUGACCCCGGAGAGUCCCCGUCCAUCUACUACACCACUUUCCAAGACUUCCACCAGCUAGCCAUCAGUAUCACACGACGUUUGGUCCAAGCAACUAUCUUCCAAGCAUCCUCCCGCAUCCGCUCUGAGAAUUAUCGCCCUUCAAGGAACCCGCAAGCUCGAGUUCGCGAAUGGGACGUGCAGGCUGCAAUAGACGUGCUGGGGAUGAAGCACAACUCGAAGGAUUACUGGGCGACCCUGCCCCGAAGACUAGAUCUCGACGUAUAUGAACGACCGCCAUCUAACACGAGAAAGAAUACAGCUGACUCUGGUCGGAGUGUGUUGACCCAGGCAUACGUGGAGUACCAACUUGGCCUGUCUCAUUUCACCGAAGCCUCGACUGCUUCUGGAACCCUGGCAACCGAAGCAGCAGAACCCAAUGAGCCAUCCGACACAGUCUCUUCGUCCUCCUCCAACGACGACGACGACGACAUGUCGGUUUCCGACACAGACCCUCACACCACCGCCUCUGAACUUCGCGCAGAAUACAUCGACGCCCAGCGCUCUCGCGCCGAAGAGCUGCGCCUCUGGGACAUGCUCCAGCUCUCCCCACCACCCUUUCUCGCAACGCCAUCCUCCAACCCAGCACCUCAGCAAUCCAACUCCCGGCCCACCAUCUCUGACCUCACAUCCUGGCGCGACACCACCACAUACACCCCUUUAUGGAGCACGCACGGCGGCAUGAAGCGCAUCAAAACCCACGCCCCUGCCCGCGCCCGCUCGCACGGCGACACCAACCCCAACCCCAACGACACCGAAAACCCGCAUCCUAACGUCUACAUACCGAAACGCUUCCGCACGCCUCCGCCCUCGCUCCCCGCAGCCAAAGUACCCCGCCCAGACCCCAAGGUUCCGAAGCCUGUACCCCACUCCGCUCGCACGACUGCUUCUCAAAAGGCUGCUGCCAAGGCGCGUGCCAUCGAGGGCACGCCGCUGGCUUGGGAUGAUUCUGAACCCGAGGAUGUGCCAGAAGGAGGAUUGUUGGUUGGGCCGUCUGAGCCGCGGAUAUUGCCGCAGAGGAGGGCGAGAGAGGAGGCGAGAGAGGGUAUGGGCGCGGUGGAAUAUCCUGCAUGGGAAGAUGAUGAAGGAAGUGAAGGGGAGUGGAGGGGUGAGACGUAGGGGAGCGAGGGGAGGCGAAGGGGAGAGAGAUGGGGAGCGAAGUAAGGAUCAUAUGGUGGGGGAAUUAGUUGUGCGUACUAGUACUAAGAUUACUAUUAAAAAAGAGAUGUUGCGGGUAUCAAAAACACUC